AACAGGAUUUCUACCUGGCUGGGACUUGGUAAUGGUUUCAUUGCUUGAAGAUCAACCUAAUAUUAAGUUCUCUUCUUCUGACACUCUGGAGAGUGACCAACAAGACAACCUCAUGCAGACACAAGGGGACCCAAGCUCCCCAGCUCAGCAAACUGAUAAUCCCAGUUUCAGUUGCCAGUCAUAUGAUCCAGACAGCAGGACAGAAAGAAAGAGUUCAGAAUCUUCUCACAGCCCAAGCCCCUCUUCUCCAACCCAGGAUCAAAUCCAUGGGAGAUUUCCUGCCAACCAAGGAAUUCACUCUGGCAAGUGCAAAUUUAAAGUCUCUCCCAAUGCUGAGAAAUUCAGAAGGUAUAGCUAUGAGGAAAGCACUGCAGGAAACUAUGGCAGGUUCCUCAAGAGCAACAGGAACCCCUUCCAUCCUUAUAAGAGGGAGUUCAGUGAAGAUGUCUUCCAAGAAACUCAUCCAGCCCUCACAUUGGAUAAUAAUUCCUUCAAAAAUGCAAGAAGCAUUGAGGGUUUUGAAGAUCUACCAGGAUCUACUGGCACUGGCGAGUCAGAGUCCUUUCCCACACAUAUUCAGAACAUUUCCACAGAACCAACAUGGUGCAACAAUCUCCAAUACAACCUCACAGGCCAAGAUCAGAGUUCCCAAGUCAUGCGGGAUUCAGAGGUCAAGCUUAAGACGCCUCCACUGGAAGGGCAGCCCAGUCUGUACUGUUACCAGCCUCCAGUGCAGCAAAUGUACUGUCCCUCACACCCAUUUCACCAGUAUUCGUCAGGAGGCAGUUAUCCUGUAACCUAUAUUACCUCAUCACACUAUCCUUACCAGAGAAUCGCUCCUCAAGGGAGUCAAGAAUCCCAGCAGCCUCUGUUUCCUAAACCCAUCUACUCCUACAGCAUCCUGAUCUUCAUGGCGCUCAAAAACAGUAAAACAGGGAGUCUCCCGGUCAGUGAGAUUUACAAUUUCAUGACGGAACACUUUCCUUACUUUAAGACAGCUCCAGACGGUUGGAAGAACUCUGUACGCCAUAACUUAUCCUUGAACAAAUGCUUUGAGAAAGUUGAAAACAAGUCAGGUGGCUCUUCUCGGAAAGGCUGUUUGUGGGCACUGAAUCCGGCCAAAAUUGAUAAGAUGCAGGAAGAGCUUCAGAAAUGGAAAAGGAAAGAUCCAGUUGCUGUGAGGAAAAGCAUGGCAAAGCCAGAAGAACUUGACACAUUGAUAGGAGAUAAGGCUGAAAAACUAAGAUCUUCAACAGUGUCCUGCAAUCCAACUGGUGUGGCAAGUUCAACAGUUUCCAGACAGAUGUCAGUCCAGCCCCAUUCUCUGUCUGAGCCAUCCCUGUCGUCUAAUAUCCCACAGCCUUUACACGCUAUUCACACAACAGGACCUCUACGUGCCAAGAACCCACUACCAAGUUUGCUUGGGGGGCACCAAACUCCAUGUUAUACAUCACCACAGGUUUUCCCUCAGAUCUCACCUACCUUAAUGCAACAAUCACCUGGUAUCCCUCAGAGCAUCUUCCCUUCUGCAGAUACUCAAAUUGAACUUAGAGCACAACCUAGCACCACCCAAGACUCACCUUUGCCAGCCCAGACCCCUCCCAUACAUGGUAUGAAGAUAUUGACAGAGCACUCCACAGCCAGGACAAUGCAGGACACACUCAUGCAAGAAGCAGACAUGAGCAAUGAUAUUGAUGCUCUUAACCCUUCCCUGAUUGACUUUGAUCUCCAAGGAAAUCUUUGGGAAGAACUGAAAGAUGACAGCCUGGCUGUGGAUCCCUUGGUUCUCAUUUCAACAUCCCCAAUCUCCUCUCAGUGCUUCCCUUCUCACUAUCAGAUGGAUAGUAACAGCAGCAGCAAUACCCUCACCACCCAGAAUAGCACUCCACAUAGCAGCUUACCCGACUUACAACUCACUACUCUUUACUCUGCCUUUAUGGAACUGGAUACAGUGUCCACAGCCUACUUGAAUAAUUCUGGAUCCAAGCCUAUAGCACUUGUGUGAACCACAAAACAACCCAGUUACAUUAUUUUUGUCCCAAUACAGUCUUAACAGUCAUACUGUCUUACUUACUCUUAGCACCUUCCGGUAAAAUAAAUCAGAACUGUGUCCAUUUGAAUAAGAACUAUCUUUUUUCCCCAGAACUGGUCUGCAGGAAAUUCAAGACUGCUCUCAUACUAUUGGUAGCGUAUUUUUUUAAAUGUUGAAAAAAAUAUGGCUCACUAGCUUAAAGCCAAAGUGAUGUCGACCAAUACAGCCAUUAAUAGCUUAAUCAAGCCACCCAUCUUUUGUAUUUUCAUAAACCAAACGAGCACCUGGAGAAAAGAAACAACUAUCAAAUAUUUUUAUGAAAGGUAUUUUCAACUUAAUGCAUAAAUCAAGGCAUACAGAAAUAAAAUCUUCUCCAAACACUUUUCUGAAGUUAGUGAUGUCCACAACUUCUGCUGCAGACCACUACAGAAAAUGCACAUAUUAAAAACAUUUUCACAACCUCCUCAAAAGAAAGUUUGGCUGAAAGACACACAUAUACUGCAAACUAUGCAAAAAUUAUGAGAGGAUUAGCCUCCUGACAAAAUAAAACAAAAAGCAAUAAAUACACUGUAGCAGGAAGUUUCACACAUUUUAAUGUGUUUAAAAAGGAAUUAAAACUUUUUUUAAAAAUAAAACCAACAAUUUAGUCGAAUUUUUACGUGGCGGGAAAAUUAUUCAUAUUUAGUCCCUAUUUUUAUCCAGAUGGGUUGAGGAGGAGGAGGUAUUUCACAACCUUUGAAUCAAGAUGUUGAAGAAUACACACAGAGAACCAGCCACAACAUUUUUGUGAAGUACUGUUGCAUUGGAUACUUUCUAUUAAAAUAGGAUUUGAAAUGGUUAUUAAAAGUAUGGUGUCAAGAACUUUUCAAAUCAUUUCAAAUGAGAUAGAAAUUAUAUUUAAAAAUAGCUAUACCUGAUUCUGGAAGAGGAAAAAAAGAGCAGCAGAAAAUACCAGGGAAUAAUUUUUGUAUGUAGAGGAAGGGUCUGGACAGAAUACCAAAUCAUAAUCCUUUGUGGAUGAUUAUUUUUUCUGAUAUAAUGUCCAUAGUAAGUGAAACCACUUUUGUCUCAUAGAAUCAUAGAAUAUCAGGGUUGGAAGGGACCUCAGGACGUCAUCUAGUCCAAACCCCUGCUCAAAGCAGGACCAAUCCCCAACUAAACUUCUUUUCAAAUUAAAUGCUAUUUAAAUUUUGCAUCUGGGUGGUCUAGUGCAGUGGUUUUCAACCUUUUUUCAGUUGGGGAUCCUUCUGAAUUUCAAAUGGAGGUGCAGACCCCUUUGGAAAUCUUAGACAUGGUCUGCAGACCCCCACAGGUCCACAGAUCCCCGGUUGAAAACCCCUGACUCCAAAGCCUUCCGAAACAGAUUCUUUAUGGGCCUAUCAGGGAGUCUACAGGUUUGACUGACAUGACCCUUACUCUACCUACUCACAGGCAAAGCGAGCAGAGUGAGAAAUACAGGAGAGUUUGCCAAGCUGCCCAAUAUACAAGGCAACAUGGGGAGUACUAGGUAAAUGUACCAGAGCUGGCAGGAUGCCUUCUUGACCAUCCAAACGAUGAUAGGAGAAAAACUGCAGGGUUUGUUACUCCUUUGUUAAUGGCUGGCAGGAAAUAGAGAUAUGAGGGGAAAGAAAAACUGUUGCAUCAAAAGGAGCUGCAGAAAGGCACAGAAUAAAUUGUGGGGCAAUGUCUUGACAUUGUAUUGUGAUGUCUGCACCAUGAGAUUUCAUCAAUGUGAAGACAGGGCCACUUCAGUGCACCAACCCUAAUCUAAUCACAAUGUGAGAACUUCUCUCCAGAAUUAUAUUGUGGCUCUCUGCCAUUCUAUUGGAUGACAGAGUAGCUUUUGUGCUAUGCAACAUUGAGUACUAUUUGUCUAAUGGAGCUUCUUUACAUCUUACUAGAAAUACAUUAUACCAAAUGGUAUUGGCUCUUAGCACAAAUUAUGAUAGAUUGUUUAUACUCAGGAAGAGCUAUGUUGCAGCACUUUUUGUGCAUUUCAUUCAACAGUUUGUGUAUUCAAUUCACUGCACUAAUAUACUGAAGUUAAGUUUGGAGGGAAAAGUUAUAACUUGUAUUAAAAACUGCUGGACUGUCACCCUAUUUGUGCUCAUAGCAUCAGGGAAAAACGAACUGGAAGUAUUUUCUGCU